CACUGACAGUUUUAAAACACAUGACAAUGAAGCGAAGCUGUCAAUGAAGACAUAUACCAUAGCGUCGUCAGUAGCUGAACGGAUUUCAACAGUCAAUAUCCAGAGUCGGCUGCUAAACAACCAUCCAUAUACUGUCAAAUCAAAGUUAUUAGUUCUUGUACCAGAGGAAGCGUUCGUGUCGAAAUUCAGUAUAUUCAUAGAUGGAUCGGAAUAUGUGGGAAAAUUGGUUGCAAAAAAAGAAAGAAAGGCAACUCCUAACAACGAAACAGAAACCCAAAUAAAUGUUGAAGUCAAAUUUUCAGAGACGAAUACAGAACGGGGUAUUAACAUUUUUGAAACAGAUAUAAAACUAGAAGCUGGAGCGGAGACGACACUUUCAUUGACAUAUAAUGAACUUUUAGAACGUCGACUAGGACUUUACACUCAAAAAAUAUUUGUGUAUCCAGGUCAGGUGGUUGACACAUUAGCCGUUAGUGCGGCUGUGAUGGAACACCAAGGAUUCGAGGCUUUCUCCUAUUCUGUUCCAAACUCAGAUAAAUCUGUUUCUUUGUCAGCAACUUUAGAUCCAACAGUAAACAGUGUUCUUUAUCAACCAACAAAGAUACAACAAUCAAUAGUGUCGUCAAAAGGAAUAAAUGGACAACUUGUAAUUGAGUAUGAUUUGAAACAUGAAAAAGACGCUGGUAAUAAUGUAAUUGUAGAAGGAUACUAUUUUGUUCACUGCUUUACACCAAGUGGACUUAAAACCAUGGACAAGAACAUUCUAUUUGUAAUAGAUGAUAGUGGAUCAAUGGAUGGUACCAAAAUCCAGCAAGUUCGGGAAUCAAUGCUAUCUAUUUUAGAUAAUCUGAAUUCAAACGAUUACUGCAAUAUCAUUACCUUUUCCUCUUUAGUUGAGACCUGGUUAUCUACGCCCGCCCUGGCAAGCUCUAAAAAUAUUGCUAAAGCGAAGACAUUUGUUAAUGACAAUCUCUACGCCUCUGGAGGUACUAAUAUCAACGACGCCCUAAUUGAAGCCAUACAAUCACUGAAAUCAAGUUCUGUAAAUGUGAAGCGAGCCCAGAUUAUAUUUUUUCUGACAGAUGGACAGCCAAGUAGUGGUAUAACAGAUACGAAACGGAUACGAAAGAAUGUUAUGGAAGAAAACAAAGGCUUUGCCGCUAUAUAUUGUCUUGGAUUUGGUUUUGAUUCAGAUCACAACUUCUUGGAGAACUUGGCCAAUGAAAAUAAUGGAUUUUCACGACAAAUUUAUGAAGAUGAAGACGCUACUGAACAACUUGUGGAUAUUUAUAAUGAAAUUAAAGAUCCUUUGCUGUUAGAUGUUAAAGUUAACUAUGAUAGUAAAUAUGUAGAAUCAACCACUAACAAUAAGUUCCACCAGUAUUUUAACGGAACCGAGAUUGUUGUUGCGGGAAAAGUAAAGAAGUCCGGUGUUCUUCCAGCUGAUACGGUUGUAGUACACGGAAUUUCUAAGGAUGGAAACUUGAAAAUGACAUCCAAAUCCGUGACUAUUCGCCCGGUUGAUGAAAAUAGCAGCACGAAGAAGCUACAGGACAUCAAAAAAAUUAAACAACUAAUUGGAAAAUAUUUUACCUACAAUAGUACAGAAUCUGAAAAAGCCCAAAAAGAUGCUAUUGAAUUAGCAAUUGAGAACAAUUUUAUUACUAAAUUUACAUCAUUUGUUCUUCAAGCCAAAUCUCCUUAAACCUUAGAAAUACGUUCAGUGCACUACAGGAUUCGGAUCAGUUUUCACUACUAUAAUCAGUCUCCUGAGUCAACCAUCAACCAAAUGAUAAACAGAAGGAUAUAUGCAUUUCUCUUUAAUUAGUUAUUGAUUAUGUCAAUUAUAAGACUAUCCGGAAAUUUACAAAAGGAAUACAUUCCUGUUUUUUUAACAUUUUAUUUGUUUGUAAUUCUUUUUUUAUGUUUUUAAUUAUUAGCCUACAUUAGCCUAGCAGUAUUUUAGCAUUAAACAUUUUUUUCUUUUUUUAUGUUUAACUUAAAAUACAUAAUAUUAUAGUGUUGAUAUUAACAAAUUUACAAAUUCCUUUUUAACUCGGGAGUUUUAAGACGUAGCUAUCGCUUAGGUAUUAAAUAUUAGCAGCUUUUGCAAUUAUGACGUCAUUUAUGGUUAACCAUGUGAGGUCACAGCAUGAAUAAUAUUAUGAAUAUUUUUCAAGUGUACUAUUUUGUAACAAUAGAUUUGUAUUUUUGGUAAACUUUUGGACUUCAAUAAAACUAUAGCAAUUUC